AUGGCCAAUGCAUCUCAUAUUAAAGGACGUGAAGGCAAGUCCAUCGAGCAGAUCUACCAGAAGAAGACCCAGCUGGAACAUAUUCUACUACGACCUGACACCUAUGUGGGUUCGACAGAAGCCCAAGUUCAGGACCUCUGGGUUUUCGAUGGUGUGCAGAGUCGCAUGGUGCAUCGAAAGAUUAGCUUCGUGCGCGCGCAGGAGAAGAUUGCUUUCCAGGUACCUGCUCUUUACAAAAUCUUCGAUGAAAUCCUGGUGAAUGCCGCAGACAACCUCAUGCGGGACCCACAGGUGACGCUGUUCUGCUCUUGCGAGCCACACAGCCGCGGCCAACGUCUCGAGCAGGGCAUGGACACCAUCAAAGUGGAGAUCGAUCAACAGCAGGGCCUCAUCACAGUUUGGAAUAACGGCAGGCGAGCAAAAGGCGUGGUGCUUGAAGUAGCGCGUGAUGGGGGAUAUGAGCUCUCUGUAAGAAGUGCUUCCGCAAGCCUGACAUGGGCUCAAGGCUCAAGACUCUUUGCAUCCCUCGCCGUGCGAUGCAUGCUGUCCGUCGGCGGAGUGCGCUUCAACCGCGCACCGCCGCUUUCGGGUGCUCCAACUGGAGCCGCGGAGGUGCUGGCCGGCUUCCCUGAUGUGGACAUGCCGCAGCAUGCUUGGAGCAGCACGGCCCAAAGCACCAAGCUCCUCCAGGAUCGGCGAGUCUUCAAGCUCGAGCGAUUCCUCAGCAAGGCCGGAGUCUUGAGUCGCCGGGAGGCCGCACGGCGAGUCAAAGCUGGGCAUGUGACCGUGAACCAGGCCACCGUUUGGGACCCAUUCCAUGCCGUCCACGUCCAGUUCGACGAGGUUGAAGUUCAAGGCUUCGGCAAAGUCGUUCUCCCGGACUGGGACUCCACAGCGCCCCGACUCGUCCUCUUCAACAAGCCCACUGGCGUGGUCACAUCCUUGCGCCCGACGAAGUCGACGAAAGCCACGGACCAGCACCUCCCCGCACUCCAGGAUGCCUUGCCUGGAGCCUACCGCGAGCUCCUUGCACCCCACGUGCCGGCGCUGCGGCCUGUUGGGCGGUUGGACGUGGCUUCCGCUGGGCUGCUGCUUUUAACAGAUUCUUCGGAUAUGGUGAACCAGCUCACAGGGCCCAACAGCUGCGAGAAGGAGUAUCUGGUGAGCGUCACUCCGGUUCCCAACGAUAGGAGCCUCCGGAAACUGCGGGAAGGUGUCAGCAUCAGGGACGGCAACGCCAAGCGGGGGAUGACAUUGCCCUGCGCCGUGACACUCGUGCGAAGUGAUUCGAGCAAGGCUCGGACGCCACGAGCUGUCCUGCGCUUCGCCAUUCGUGAAGGCCGCAACCGGCAGAUCCGGCGAAUGUGCAAAUCUGAGGGCCUCAUGGUAGAGUGGCUUCUCAGAACGCGCAUCGGGCCUGUCCGGCUUGGCGAUUUGGCGAUUGGAGCAGCCAGAGAUGCAACGAAAAAAGAGCAGAAGGCCUUGACUGCCUUGACCAGGGCCUAA